GCCAGGAAAGGCGGGAGGGUUCUCGCCAGAGGAAGGGGAGCUGUUUCCUUUAGGGUCGAAGGGGAGUUUAUUCUCUCUCUCUCUGCUGGGCAGUGCAAGUAAUGGGGGCCUGGCUACUAUGGCAACUGGAGUUGUGAGGCUAUUUCGUGUGGAGGCAAGCGUCCAGGCUUCCUCCUCCGCAGAGCUGCAGCCACACUGCUGAGUGAAUGCAGCUGGACGCCACUUUAACCGCUAUGGCUCCGUGGUAUGGACUCCUGGGAGUUGUAGUUUGGGCAGGCCCCGGUACUGCCUGGAAAGGAAGGGCAAAGGGCUUGUAAAACCAUAACUCCCAGGGCUCCAUGGCAUUGAGUCAUGGUAGGGAAAGUAGGGUCAAGCCGCAUUCGUCCAGCAGUGUAGUAGUAAGAGCGAGGAAGACUGAAUUUAAUGUAUACGGGGCUGGACUCACCAAUACAGGUAUAAAGAUGAAAAAUGUCUGAAGAAGAAAGUACAAAACAAAGAAGGAUACAGUCUUUUCAACUGGAUGCUAUAGUAUGGCAGCAAAAUCGAGGAAAGGACUAAAAAGUUCCAUUGAUGAUGUUCUUGGUGAUCUCCUUGGAGAUGAUGAUGACAUCCCCCUCAAAACUGGUAAAUCUGCUUCAUUUGGUAGAGAACGUGCCAGAGGAAGCACCUUGCAGAUGAGCAAAAAGGGGCUUCUGGAUGAUGAUUUCUUCAGCAAAAUGGCUCUUGAAGAGGAGGCUAAUGCAGAGGAUCCCGAUAUCUCAGAUGUGGACCCAGAUGCUCUGCUGGAGACCUUGAAGGAUAUGGAUGACAUGGAAGCUGAUCUUCUGGGCAUAAAGAAAGCAAAUUCUGAACCUGUUCAAAAACCUGCAAAGAAUGUAACAAAUUCUCAGCCUUCCGAGCUAGCCAAAUCUGCUAAAAAAAUAACAAUCACUGAAAAAGGAAACUUUGCAAGUGAAAUAAACCAGAAACCAAAUUCUACUCCCACUGCUUCCCGGCAGCUUAAACCAAAGUUAUCCUUUGAAGAUAUGGAUGACCCCUUGGCUGGACUUUUGUCUGACGAAGAAGAGGGCAUACUGAAGAAAGCACAAUCCUCUGCCACUAAAAAUGCUCCAGAAAAGAAUACUGGAACUGUUAAAGAAAAAGGUUUAUCUACAGCUCUUUCCCACGCUGUUGCCCCUGAGCGGAAAAGAGAUGAAUUAACAUUUGAAGAUGAUGAGGACGAUCUCAUGAAUGCCCUGGGGUUUGGUGACCACCCAAAGGCAGAACUGAAAUCAGGCAGAAAGAGUGCAGAAAAGGAGCCUCGCCCAGCUCGAUCCAUGCUAGAUGAACUGCUGGGACAAGGAACUGCAAAGAAACUCCCGGAGAGACCCAGCACAGGAGAACAAAAGGAGUUCAAACUGGAUAAGAAAUACCAAAAGCAAACAGAUAAGGAAGCCAUUUUGGGAGAUGAGUUCACUUUUGGAGCCUACCAACCAACUGUGGCAUCUGCUCCAGAAGGACGGCAGUCAAGGCGGCAAUCUGUCAGGUUUUCCUCAGAGAACCUCAGUGAGCUAAAAACAGACCAAAGAUCCAAACCUUCCACCCCGGCAUCUGGCAGCCCAGUACACAGCAAGAGUGGUGGUGACUGGUUGGGGCUGAAAGAUGAAGAUUUUGACUUGCCUCCACCCUCACCAGCAAAGGAAUCUAGUAAGAGCAUCGUAAGAGCAUCCUCAAUGGAUGUGCCGCCUGGGUCUUCUGAGAUUCAGCAUCCACCUCCCUCCAAUCAGCUCCUUUCCCGAACCAAACCAGCUCCUGAAGCAGCAACACUGAAGCCUGAGCCCGUUGAAGAUGACGCUGACAGCUGGCUGAGCAAUGUCUUAACUCAAAAGAAAUCCCGCAUGCAGGAGAAAGUGAAGGAAAAGAAACCAAGACCCUCUGAAUCUCAGAUACAUGGAGAGGAGGAGAAUCCCAUUGCUCUUACCAUUCAGCAAACUCCAUCCGCCCAGAGAUAUCAGCCAUCUGUUUCUCCCAUGGACAGACCUACCAGACUAGAAGAAACUAGGACUUCCACAUCUUGGUUAAAAUCUCAAGAACAAAUGACUCCUGCUUUUCCAUCCAAUCUCAGGAAAGGGACUCCCUUUGGAGACUCCAAUGCUACAGCACCUGCAGCAUUUUUGCAAGAACAACAAGAGGCCUUUAGGAUUCCUAUGCACUCUCAGCUGCUACACUCAGAGCCCCAUUCACUGAGCUCCCCAAAUACCAAUGAGUAUGAAAAAAGGCUAGCAGGUGUGCAGUUGCAGCUGCGAGAGAGCCUGGCAGGCUAUCAGGCAGAACUGCUGAACGCACAGACUCGCCUCACUGAGCUAGAAGGCCAGGUAAGGCGUCUGGAGCUGGAGAAGAGUCAGCAGAAACUGUUAUUGGAGAGUCUUCAGCAACGUCAUCAAGAGGACUUGGAACUCAUUGAGAAAGCUCACAGGAACCGUGUGAAAGUGAUUGAGGACUCAUACCACCAACGUGAGGAGCGCCUCCAGCAAGAGAACCAAGAGUUGACACAGCAGUAUUUGUCUCAGUGCCAGAAUGCAGAGCAGACCAAAUCAGAGCUUCUAGCCCAGCACCAGCGCCGACUCACAGAGCUAGAGCAAGAGAAGGCCAAGGAGCUCAAUCGACUUCAGGAGCUUCAGCGGAUAUCCAUUCUGGAAAUGCGCAAAGACCACGAAGAACAACUACAACGACUGAAACGGCUGAAGUCUCAGGAGAUCGACGCAGUGACCAGUGCUACCUCCUACACCAGGUCUUUGAAUGGCAUCAUUGACCAGAUGGAAAAGUUUUCAAGCAACCUGAAUGAUCUUGCAAACAAAGUAGAGGCCACUCACCACACCACGCACCAAGGACUUGAGAUUGGGGCACGCCAGCGGGAUGAACAGCUAAGAGUUUUACAAGACCGUCUGGCCCGGCAGCAGAGAGAUAUGGAAGAUGAGCGAGGGCGACUGCAAGAGGUCAUCUCUAAAAUGGAGGCCAGGUUAAACGAGCAGACUCGCCUUCUGGAGCAGGAACGCUGGAGAGUAACCACAGAACAAUCCAAAGUGGAAUCGUUGCAGCACUCUCUGGAGGAGCAGAGGAGGGCCAUGAUCCAGCAGCUGGCCAUGGAGAGGGAGGAACUGGAAAGGGCAAAGAAUUCUUUGCUUGAGGAACAGAAAUCAGUCAUGCAGAAAUGUGCCGAAGAGCGCCGUAAACUUGCUGCAGAAUGGUCAGAGCUCCACAUCCAGCAAAGACUGAUCAAGGAGCGCGCAGAGCGGGAGGUUGACAGGGCUCUGCAGAUGGACUGUAAGAGAGAAGGAGCCAUCAUGAGUUUUGCAAAGGAACAAGCAGACUUGAAAAUCAAAGCCAGUGAGUUGCGAGCCAAAGAGGAGCACUUGGCUAGAGACAGAGAGGUUCUGGAGCAAGAAAAGCAGGCACUAAGACUAGAAAAGGAAAGAGUCAAUGCAGCCGCUCUGCACAUCAAACAGAGGACAGCUGAAAUUGACAGUAUGAGCAAGCUCUCCUCUCAGAAGUAUGAAGAGGGGGAGAGAGCCCUCCUGGAGGCACGGAAGGUAGAAUCAGAGCAUCAAGCAAGACUGCAUGCAAUACAGCAGCAGAUGGAGCGAGUCAAGCAACAGGAGGAACAUUUGCAUCAGGAACGCCUCAGUUUGACUCACCAGAGGAGACAGCUUGAACAGCUGCGGAUGGGACUCCCAGCCAAUAAUCCACUAGUGUUCCAGAGUUUGCUUCAGAUGCCAUUGUCAGGAGUUCAGUCCAACACAAUCUCCAACAUGAACUAUAUGUCUGUUCCUGUGAAUGAUCUUCCUAAAGUAAACCCUGGCAAACCUGGAGGCUCCCAGGCUGUCUCAAAAUCAGGACCACCAGAUCUGUAUGCCAAACUGGUGCUGCAUAAGCUUACAGCUGAACGGGAUCACGACUUUUUGGAGGAAGAGCAGUUCUUCUUAGAAACCCUGAAGAAAGCUUCCUACAAGACUUCGUCUCAGUCAGCAUGAAAGCAGGUGAAUGCUGGAGGCAGGCUUGCCUGGAUUGAUGUUUUUUUCAAACCAAGAUGGAUUGUCAUUUCUGAAUUGUCAAAUAAUUUAGAUGGGAGGCAGUGAAUUAAACAUGCAAGUUGUCAAAACCUGUUGUGGUAGAAAUUACAUUUUGUUAAAUAAAUGUAUUUUUAAUAUACCUGUAAA